AUCAAAAACCCUCGAUUGCGUCUAAAGAUACUAUCGCAUUUACGUGGAAGCGCGAGGGCUUGCGCCUUGACACAUGUCAAAUUAGUAUGACAAGGAGAGCCGUGUCCUUGUCAGUACAACUUCAUCAAGUGUGCAAAAGGAUUGCAACUUGCGUACUAUUUUGCCAGCCCUACCAUUACUGCAACCCCGGAGCCUCACUAUACCCUUUCCCUGACAAAAUAUAUCCGGAGAACGUCUGGGUUGCCGAAUGGCCACGGCCAACCCAGCGCAGCGCACGGCUUCCAAGACUGUAACCGAUACCAUAGUUGGCGAGCAUACCCAUACCAUUGUUGGGUACAGUCUUAUUAAGGGAAUAGGCGACGGCGAACCCAUAGCAUCGGAGCGCUUUGUAGUCGGGGGCCAUGAGUGGGUCCUUCUCUUCUACCCAGACGGCAAGCGCAGCUCAUCGGAGGGUCCGAUGGGCAAUGGACCAGGCGGAGAUGGCGGAGGCCACGCAGCAGUAGCCCUACCCGUUGCCGCUGUGGCUGGUAUGGCUGGACGUGACGACCCUCUCGACCCCGUAGGCUUACCGCCCCCGGGUGCCGCCCCGGGUGGAGUGGCGAUGGGCGCUCCGGAACACCGUGCGGCAGGUGGCGGGGGUGCCGGGGGAGGCGGGGGCGGCGCUGACGGCCCCCACCAUGGAGCUGGUGGAGGCGGCGGAGGUGCGCUGGUUGCCGCUGCCGCGCCGCACCACCACCAGCACCACCCGGCUCACCCGCACGGGGGAGGAGGAGGGGGGGGCGGGGGGCAGCAUGCCGCCCUUAUGGCGCAGCUGGGGCCGCUGCACCGGCAGCAGCGGAGGGACACCACGAACGAGUACGCGGCGCUGUUUGUGGCGCUCAUUGGGGAGGGCAACAACCCGCAGGGUAUCGUGAGUACGUCGGAGGGCAAGGUGGUUCGCGCCUUCCAUCGCUUCACACUGGUCGACCAAACGGGCCAGGGUCGCGACCUGACCAAGGGACGCACCCGGGACGCGGGGGCGGUCAAGAUCAGCUGCGCGCGGCAGGACCCCAACGCCCGCAACUGCCACGGCUACCGCAAGUUUGUGAAGCGCUCGCUGCUGGAGGACCCCGGCAAGGGCUACCUGGUGAACGAUGCGCUGGUCAUCAAGUACACCAUCGAGCUGGUGGUGUCCAGCGGCGGCGCCCUCAUGCGCGGCGGCUCCUCCGCCCGCAGCCCCGCCGACCUGAUCCGCGUGCCGCCCCCCUCGCUGGGCCCCGACCUGGCCCCCCUGCUGCAGCGGGCGGAGGGGACGGAUGUGACGCUGCUGGUGGAGGGGGAGGAGUUCAAGGCCCACAAGUUCCUGUUGGAGGCGCGCUCGCGCUUCUUCCAUUCGCUGCUGAACAACAGCAUGCGCGAGGGGCGGGAGGGGCGGGCGGUGGUGCAGGACGUGCGCGCGCCCGUGUUCCGAGCGCUGCUGCACUUUGUGUAUACGGACACGCUGCCGGAGGGGAUGGAGGACGCCAACCUGGAGGUGGAGAUGGCGCAGCACCUGCUGGCGGCAGCCGACCUCAUGCAGCUGGAGCGUCUGCGGCGCAUGUGCGAGCGGCGGCUGUGCGAGUGCGUGGACACGGAGAGUGUGGCCUUCACGCUCGCGCUGGCGGACAAGAACCACGCGGAGGAGCUGAAGAAGGUGUGUCUGGAUUACGUGGGCCGAAACCUGGGCGCGGUGAUGAAGACGGAGGGCUACACGCACAUGGUAGCAGCGUGUCCGGGGCUGCAGGCGGAGAUUCUGGCGACGGUGGCGGCGCUGGGGGGGGC